GCCGCGAUGCGCACACAGGAGCAGCAGAGGCGCGUCUUUGUUGCAGCACCACCUCCAGAUUCCUCCGCUGCCCUUAUUCUGAAGUUCAUUCUGCCCACUUCCCGCAGAGAAAACCUCAUAAGUUAAGUCUGUGACAAUUCUCAUUCAUCAGGUUAUUGUACUCUCAGGGCAUUGGAUCACUCGAUCGCAAGUGGACUGUUCGGGUUGUCUUUUAGAAGACGGUUCGGCUCUCGUCCGGGCAGGCUUCAGCACUCCACGCUCACGACUCGGCUAGAGACGAGAGCGGUGAUAAGUUAACAAAAAAACCUGCCACUUUAUUCACGAUUCAAGCUCGCCUCUUGUCUCUCUGGUGCUGAGCCUGCCGGACGUCUUUGCGCACGGCUCGGCUCGGCUCGGCUCGGCUGGACCUGGCUGGUUUGGCGGAUGGCAAGUUGGAGAGCACGGAGGAGUUUGCCGGUGUGAGCAAACACUUCAGAACCAAGGACAGAGGCGAGCUGGCAAACAACUGGACAACAUCUGCACGCUGUGCGGUGCGUUCACGGUCGCCCAGGAGAGCUGCACAUCAGCCACGAGCUGCACAAAAAUUGAUGAGUUGAUGAACAAUCAUGUGAAGUUGAUUGGAGCCUUUGAGCAAUGGGGACGCAGUACUUGGAUGCAACCAGCAGAGGUGCUGUUGAUUCGACUAAAGAAGAAGAACAUCAGCUAUCGCUAACAUUGAAACAGAAACGUCCACCAUGCUGUGUCCACUGGCGGACACUCUGUGAACCACCGCUUCCUUCAAUUUUGAGCACCUGAACCCCCCGCCCCCCAACCAAGACCGCAUCUCGCCAUGCUGAGCGUCUCCCUCCCUCGCCCGAGGUCAUCGGCCAAUCCGGUGCCUUCUUACUGGCCGCUGCACUUCCUGCUGCUGGAGCUGCUGGUACCAGGGAGCCUGCCCAGCAUGUCCAGACUACCCCCGGCCGCCAAGCGCGAGAUCAUCAUAGACGGAGACUUGGUGAUCGGCGGCCUCUUCCCGGUGCACCACAAAGGCGAGGGGACGGAGGACUGCGGUAAGAUCAACGAGGAGCGAGGCAUCCAGAGACUGGAGGCCAUGCUGCUGGCGCUGGAUGAGAUUAACUCCAGUGAUCGCAUCCUUCCUGGACUCCAGCUAGGGGCGCACAUCCUUGACACCUGCUCAAAGGACACCUACGCUCUGGAGCAGUCCCUCGAUUUUGUCAGGGCGUCUCUCACCAAGGUGCACGACCCGGGUUUCAUCUGUCCGGAUGGGUCACGGCCAAUCCAGAAUGAGGUCCCGCUGGCCAUAUCGGGGGUCAUCGGCGGCUCCUACAGCGACGUGUCCAUUCAGGUGGCCAACCUCCUGCGACUCUUCCAGAUCCCUCAGAUCAGCUACGCUUCCACCAGCGCCAAACUCAGCGAUAAAUCUCGCUACGACUACUUUGCCCGCACCGUGCCCGCCGACUUCUACCAGGCCAAGGCCAUGGCGGAGAUCCUUCGUUAUUUCAACUGGACCUACGUGUCCACCGUGGCCUCAGAGGGCGACUACGGCGAGACGGGCAUCGACGCCUUCCAGCAGGAGGCCCGCUCUCGGCAGAUCUGCAUCGCCACCUCCGCCAAGGUGAGCCGCUCCAUGAACCGGCAGGGCUUCGAGAACGUGAUCCGCUCCCUGCAGCAGAAGUCCAACGCCAAGGUGGUCAUCCUGUUCACCCGCAGCGAGGACGCCCGGGAGCUGCUGGUGGCGGCCGCCCGCAUGAACGUGUCCUUCAUCUGGGUGGCCAGCGACGGCUGGGGGGCGCAGGAGAGCGUGGUGAGGGGCAGCGAGAUGGCGGCGGAUGGAGCGUUCACCAUAGAGCUGGCCUCCUAUCCCAUCAGAGAGUUUGAGGACUACUUCACCAAACUCAACCCUUACACCAACUCCAGGAACCCGUGGUUCAAAGAGUUCUGGGAGCACCGCUUCGGCUGCAGCCUGCAGGAGCACGGCUGCAGCGACCGCAGCCUCAGAGACGGAACUUUUGAGCAGGAGUCCAAGAUCAUGUUUGUGGUCAAUGCGGUCUACGCCAUGGCCUACGCGCUGCACAACAUGAGGCAGGCGGUGUGCUCCAACACGUCCAAGGUGUGUGAUGCCAUGAAACCCGGGAAUGGCAAAAGGUUCUACAAGGAGUUCAUCCUCAAGACCAAGUUUGAAGCUCCGUUCCGGCCUGCCGACACAGAGAGCAUGGUGCGCUUCGACUCGGUGGGUGACAGCAUCAGCCGCUACAACAUCUUCCACUACCACAAAGAAGACGGAAAGUUCACGUACAGGAAAGUGGGCUACUGGGACCAAAACCUGACUCUGAACACCACGCUGGUCCACUGGCGUGGCCUGACUCCGCCCACCUCACAGUGUAGCGACCCCUGCAGGAAGAACGAGGUGAAAAGCAUGCAGCCUGGAGAUGUUUGCUGCUGGAUCUGCAUCCCCUGUCAGCCCUAUCAGUACCUGCAGGACGAGUUCACCUGCGCCGACUGCGGAUUCGGCCAGUGGCCUCUGGAUAACCUGACGGGCUGCUAUGAUCUGCCGGAAGAGUACAUCCGCUGGGAGGACGCGUGGGCCAUCGGGCCAGUCACCAUCUCCUGCUUGGGAAUAAUGUGCACCCUGUCGGUGGUGGGUCUCUUCUUCAAGCACAAUGAGACACCCGUGGUGAAGGCGAGUGGACGGGAGCUCUCCUACAUCCUCCUGUUGGGAGUCCUCAUGUGCUACAGCAUGACCUUCAUCUACAUCGCCAAACCUUCCACCGCCGUCUGCACCCUCCGCCGCCUGGGCCUCGGCACCUCCUUCGCCGUGUGCUACUCGGCCCUCCUCACCAAGACCAACCGAAUCGCUCGCAUCUUCAGCGGCGUGAAGGAUGGAGCCCAGCGGCCUCGCUUCAUCAGCCCGGCCUCACAGGUGGCCAUCUGCGGCGCCCUCAUCUCCUGCCAGCUGCUGGUGGCCAUCAUCUGGCUCCUGGUGGAGGUGCCCGGCGUGAGGAAGGAGGUGAGCCCCGAGAGGAGAGAUGUGGUCACCCUCAAGUGCAACAGCAGGGACUCCAGCAUGCUCAUGUCGCUCACCUACAACUGCAUCCUCAUCGUCCUCUGCACCGUCUACGCCUUCAAGACACGCAAGUGCCCGGAGAACUUCAACGAGGCCAAGUUCAUUGGCUUCACCAUGUACACCACCUGCAUCAUCUGGCUGGCCUUUCAGCCCAUCUUCUACGUCACGGCCAGUGACUACAGGGUGCAGACCACCACCAUGUGCAUCUCUGUCAGUCUGAGCGGCUCGGUGGUUCUGGGCUGCCUCUUCGCUCCCAAGAUCCACAUCAUCCUGUUCCAGCCUCAGAAGAACGUGGCCACGCUGCGGGUCACGGCCAACCGCUUCAGUGCCACGGUGUCGGCCUCCGCCUCCGCUCCCAGCUCCGGUUACUCCAAAGGAUCAGCAUCCAACUACGUGCCAGCUGUUUGUAACGGCCGAGAGGUGGUGGACUCCACCACUUCCUCUUUGUGAGAACAUGCCAGCCUCCGUUGCGAUGCCCCCUUUUGUACAGAUUGAAUAUGCUGUGACUUGUCUGGUUUACACUUAGAUGUGCUUGACGUUUUUGUUUUUUGUUUUUUUGCAAGAAUUUAGUAGGAAAUCAUACGAAACGUUCGGCGUUACGUUCAUUAACUGUACAGGCAAUGUUGAAGUAGCGUUUUAACAACUGUAAUGCAAGUGUAAAAAGAAGUUAACCCCUUGAACUUGAAAAACAUGUCAGUAAAAUGUAAUUUUAAUCCAAUUUUUGUACAAAAUCCUACUAAAUUCUGGUGAGAACAGGCUCAUGUGACGCCUUGCACCGUGCCUUGUCCUAUCUCAGGGGUGUCCAAAGCGAGGCUAGGGGGCCAUAUGUGGCCGGGCCCCAAUGGUAAAAAUGGAAAAAUCUGCAGUAAUUUUGCAAGAAUAAAGUCAAAAUAUUAAGAGAAAAAAGUUGUAAUUCAUGAGAAAAAGUUGUAAUUUUACAAAAAUAACGUUGUAAUACUACGAGUAAAAAAUAACGUAAUUUUAGUAGCAUCAAGCUGAAAUAUUAAAGAAAACAGAUUUUAUUUUAAAGUGGUGAUAUUAUGACAAACAAACAAGACAACAAAUAAAGUUGUACUUUUUUAUUAAAAUUAGGCUACAGAAAAAGUUACAAAGUUACGAGAAUAAAGUAAAAAUAUUAUAAAGUCAUCAUAAUGGGAAGAAAAUUUACAGGAAGAAAGUUGAAAUAGUUAGAAAAUUUAAAAGCAGAAAUGGAAACAUUUUAGAAGAAUAAAGUCAAAAUAUUAAGUGAAAAAAGUGGCAGUCUAACGAGAAAAAAAGUUUAAAUUUUAUGAGAAUAAAUUCAGAAUAUUAUCAGGAAAAAUAAUGUCAUUUUAGUAGCAUAGAAUUAAAAUAUGAAAAUACGUUGUUUUUUUAAAGUCGUAAUAUGACGAGAAAAACAAAACAAAAUAAAGUUGUAAUUUUUGGAAAAUUUGGUUGGGGAAAAGUUAUAGUAUUGUGGGAAUAAAGUCAAAAUAUUAAGAGAAAAAAGAUGCAAUCUAAUGAGAAAAAGUCAAACUUUUACAAGAAUAAAUAACGUCAUAAUAUUAUCAAGAAAAAUAACGUCAUUUUAGUAGCAUAAAGUUGAAAUAUUAAAAAAACAACAAUUUUAAAGUAGUGGUGUUAUGACAAACAAACAAAACAACGAAUAAAGUUGUACUUUUUAGAAAAUUAUAUUGCGGAAAAAGUUACAAUGUUAGGAGAAUAAAGUCAAAAUGUUAAGUAAAUAAAGUGGUAUUCUAACAAGAAGAAUAGUUACACCUUUAUGAGAAUGAAAUCAUAACAUUAUCAAAAAAAAAUAAUGUCAUUUUAGUAGCAGAGUUAAAAUAUGAAAAUAUGUGUUUACAAAUGUAGAGAAACAACCAAAACAAAAUAAAGUUUUAAUUUUUAGUAAAUUAGGUUGGGGAAAACUUAUAUUAUGGGAAGACAGUCAAAAUAUUAUUGAAAUAAAUUCACAAUAAUCACAAAAAGAAAAAGUAUUAUUGUUUAUUUUAUAUAUUAUUUAUUUGGAUUAGUUAUUAUUAUUUCAAAAGAAAAUUGAAAUAUUUGGAUUUUUUUUAAAAGAGCAAAGACCGAAAUAUAUAUUAUGGGACACAGUCCGAAUAUUAUGGAAAUAAAUUCCUAUUAUCACAAAAAUAAAAUUUAAGAUUAUUUUAAAAGACAAUUUAAAUAUUUUGAAUAUUUAAAAAAAACAACAAAAUAACAAAAAAAUUUGAAAAAAGAGCAAAGACCAAAGUACAUACAAAGUGACUGAGUACUAACGAAAUGAGAUACCAUUUUUUUCCUGAAAUAUAUCUAAGUUCUUAGCAUUGCUUUACAAAAUAUCAAAGUGGCAAAUUUGCAUUCUUUCAUUUUUCACUACGUGGCCCUCGCUGGAAAAAGUUUGGACACCCCUGUCCUAUCUAGUCCUUGUUGUUGUUGUUGUGUGCGUGCAGCAAUAGUGUUAAACAACGCUAACUAUAUCUUCAUGUCCGUACGGUGGAUUUAUCCCAUGUUUUCAAACGUGAGCAACCUUUGUGAUCGUCGUGUGGAAAUUAGGCAACUAUACUGUGGAGAAUGUGUUGAUGUCGACACAGUAGAACAAGAUGUGCUUUUCUCCAACUCUUGUAAAUAAACAACUUUUUUGUCAUAUCAAA